UUUUGGGGAGACGACAGAAGAGGGAAGAAGAGGGAGACGGGAUUUCUUGGGAGAGCCCGUCACGAAGCUUUUUUUUCCAGCAAAUCAGCAAACUUCUCCGCGUCUGCCGAAAUGUCUCUACCCACAUUACAAUAAAGACGGAUUCAAAUAACUACCGACACACCGUUUCCAUAGCAACGCGGUCGGGCGCUCCAAACACAGUCCGCGUAGUUUCUCGCCCUGCUGCCAAAAUGUUUUCCGAAAAAUCCCCAGUGCUCACGAGUGACGAUCUUCAACCAACAAAAUCUGGUGUGAAAACAGGGUACAAUGCAAUAAAUGGUCACAUCUCCCAGAUUCCAGGACUGUCCCCAACCAUCGGCACUCUUCCCUUGGAGAGGGCCGGAGGGCGUAGAGCCGGACCCGUAGAGAGUGACUCCGACUAUGUCAAGCUUGCAAAACAAGGAGGGCACAAGGGACUUUUGUGGCACGAGGAAACAGUUGCUUCUAAACCUAAUUCAUACAAACCUCCAGACUGGUUCUGCACUGCAUCAGAGGACAACAGCAAACCAAGUGAAAAGAAGAAAAACCCUGGAGCUUUUCAACCACUGGAACCCCCCUUUGGGACUGACAAUAUGUUAACCUGGGAGAGGGAAGAUAGCAGCAGCAAUGGCAAAGAGAAGAACAACAAUGUUCAUUGCAGCCAGAUGGAGAAACUGCAGUCACCCAACCAAUGUCAUGAGACCAGCAAAUUCAAGAGGAUAGUAUUUGACAAGAAACCAGCUCCUGUCAACAUGUCUAAGCUGUUGAGCUUUGGUUAUGCAGAAGACAACAAACCAAUACCCAACACUGAUGUGUUAAAUUAGAAGACUGCAAGUGCGAGAAGACUCAAAUGCUUCCAACAGGAAUAUAUGCCAUCCUCUCUGACAACAAUAGUUUCUUUACCCCUUCAUGCUGAGCCACACUUACUUAGAAUUGUGUUAUCAUGUUGGAUGUAUGUAUUACUCAAGUGUGAAAGUGCUUAACUGAAUUAAAAUUAGGACCUUUUAUUUGUUGUACUUGUUAGUGGUGCCUCAUUAACUGCAUUUGUUAGGGAAGGAAGGCAACAAGUUAACUCCGGUGUUAAGGUUUUUUUUUUGCUGUGUCUGUAACUCUGUAAAAGGCAAAUUUCUGGAAUAAAGGUUUGAUACUUUUAAUAAAGUUAAAAUGAUUCAAAAUA